AUGGCGAAUACUGGAGGCCCAAAACAAUUGCGACGAUCUCUGAUUGCGGGUGCCAUGCGAUCCAUCGCACUGUUCGCGGCACCAGUAUGGGUACGAGCACUGGACACCAGGAGUUACUGCCAAGGGCUGGAGGCAACGUUCAGAAAGAGUGUCAUUCGUAUUAUUAGUGGAUUUCGCACAAUUUCUGAGAACGCAGCUUUCGUCAUCGCUGGAGUACCUCCGUUUGUGGAAAUGGCUAGAAAGCGAGCUGCUACUUAUCGGCAGCUGCGUUCCCGGUACCACACUGUUCGUAAUGCAGGACGACAGGAAUGCUUAGAGAGGUGGCAGCGACGAUGGGAUAGAUCUCCAAAAGGCCGCUGGACGCAUCGGCUCAUCCUGAACAUCGGCGAAUGGAAUGGUAGGAAGCACGACCAAGUCAACUUCCACUUGACGCAGGUGCUAAGCGGCCAUGUAUGCUUUAGAAGUUACCGCUUUGGUCAUGAAGCAUCUGGCGACUGUUCGGAGUGUGGAACACUGGAAGAUGCGGAGCAUACUAUGUUCGUCUGCAAGUUGUAUGGGCCGCUUCGUAACGAUUUGGACAGGGCACUUGGUGUACCGAUCGCAGUGGGAAAUUUGGUCUCGUUAAUGCUGCAAUCAGUGGACAACUGGGUUGUGAUAUGCGAGUUUGUGUCAACUGUGAUGCAGACCCAAAGAAGCAUGGAGAGAGCCAGGAGAGAGUCGAUGGAAUAG